ACGAAGGGGCAGCCAUAUUGAAUUUGCGACCGACUGGCUGGCUGUCAUUCUCGUGUGAAAAAAUUCUUCAUUCACAUUUUGGAUGAUAGAAAAUUAUAUCUCGUUAAAAAAGUCUCCAAAUAGCGUAAUUCGCCGGUUGAACCGCUAACUAAUGAAAAUAUAAACACGCGCCAGUUGCAGUGCAUUUGUUGUUGUUGUUGGCUAACAAUAAAGUGUGUGAUUAGCGCGCCGCUUCUUUAUCUUGCGGCGGCUGUAGUUCAUUGGGUCUCUUAGUGCGAAAUAUUUGUGCGAAACUUGGAGUUUCCAAGUCCCAGGAGCAGGAUAUAGAUCAACAGACAUGAGCAGCAGUACUCCGGGGAGCGACAGUGCCCUGGUGAAGGUAGCGACGCCUUCACCAUCGCCGCUGGUCAAAAUGGAUGUCGACUUUACUGGAUCUAAGUUCGAGAUGCACUCGUCGCUUUCGGACGAGGAGCGCCGAUUCUACCUGAAGAUGUACCCCAAUGUGGAUCUAGUCAACCAGCGGCGGGUGCACUGCACUGUGUGCAAACUUCAUCUGGGCACUGCCCCCGCCUCCGAGAACAGUAUUAAGAUGCACCCCAUCCUGCGAGUGACGCACUGCGUCAAGUGCCAUGACUUCUACAACAGCGGUGAGUUCUCCAAGGGCGAGGAUGGCUCCGAGCUGUACUGCCGCUGGUGUGGCCAAGGUGGCGAGGUCUACUGCUGCUCCACCUGCCCGUACGUCUUCUGCAAAUCCUGCAUCGUAAAGAACCUCUCCAAGGGGGUCAUCGUGGACAUCGAGCAGAACGAACACUGGAACUGCUUCAGCUGCACCUCCAAGAUUCUCUGGCCAUUACGCGCCCAGCACUGGGCGCUGGUUAACUACAUCCAGACUCAAAAGAGAGCCCUCCAUGCGUUGCAGCUGCCCGAGGGAGAGACUCGCCGCCAGUUGCUCAAGGAUAGCAGCAACUGCUGCCGCCUGGCCAAGUCGAAGGCCAGCAGUCUGUCCGACUCUAUGGAGAGUCUGGAAUCCAAUGUCUCCAGGCGCAGCCAAGGCAGCGCAGUCAGCUCGACCAAAAGGGGAUCUUUGCCCAAAGCCGUUCCUUCGGGUCCGCCAGCCAAACGCCCGAAAUCUUCCAAUGACGAGGUGGUCUGCACACCGGAUCUGCUCAGCAUGCUGGAGCCGGAUUGCCAACUCUCUGUGACCCCCAAGCCGGCUAGCCGUCAGUCGGUGCCAGCGGCCAGUAUCACAACCACUCCGAGGAUUGUAACCGUCCAGCAGAAUUACCAACCAGCUCCAAGCUCCAGCAGCAGCAAUGGAAGUGGAGGUAGCCUAGUGGAACGUCCCUCAAUAGGGACGCCGCGGAGCAGCUUGCCUCCCCCACUAGUGCUUAGUGGAUCGGGGAUUCGCUACCGCCAAAAUGCCCCCGGGGCUUCCCCAAGUGUGGUGCGGCGCACCGUGGUGCCCAACUCGGUGAAGACCCCUGGGCCAGUCUUCCACACCAUCAACGGAUUCCGUGUUGAUUUGAACAGCGCCGCUCAACAGGAUUCCUACCGCCUGCCCAACGGACGUUUGAUUCAGGUGAAACGCCAGUUGCCGCACGCCAACCAACCGUCGCCACCGCCACCUCCGCCUCCAAUGGCACUUCCUACACAGCCUCCUGGUGUUGUCAUCCGGCCGCGGCCUCCGCUUGCGUCAAAUAGGCCCGGGCUACAUAUUAGCUCCUAUGGUUCCAACAUGGGCAUCUACAAUCCGCAGACUAACCAGCAGCAAAGAGCUCCACAUGUGCGAGUUGCAAACGCAAAUCAAGCACCGCCGCCAACAAUACAAGCCCCGCCGCCAAAUGCUAACGGAGGUCAAACAUUAAUGAUAACUCCGGCGCCGCCUCCACAUCCCAAGGUUCCGACUCUGGUGCGUCACAACUUCCCCAACACGCCGAUGGGUAUGGCACGCGCCCAGCUGCAGGAGCAGAUCUUCAGUGCCAUGGACAUCUGCACCCAUCUCACCGGCAAAGUGGUCUCGCUCACCCACUCGAACGCCUACAACCAGGUGCGCAACUAUAUGGAACUCAAGGAACUGUAUAUCCACAUGUCCUAUCUUAUGACCUACGCCAUCGGGCGUUUCAAGAAUCUGCAAGAGAAGUGUCUGGUGGACAUGCGGGAGAAGGGCUUCAAGAACGACGCCAACAGUCUGGAGAACGGGCAAUUGGCUGCCGAAAAACAAGCGAGCGAUGACGAGGAUAAUGAAAUCGAGAUUGUAGAGCCAAAAACCGACACGAUUACCAUCGAUUCGGACAACGAGGAUGAUACGCCGUCGACCUCAACGCAACAACCUCAGCAGAAGGCUAUCAUGAAGAUAACCUCCGUGACAUCGGCAGCACCAAAAAGAGAACAAAUGGAGAAUCAGGUUGACAUCGAUGUGGCUGCCUUCAGCUCCACGAUAUUGGCCAGUUUGCUGGAAGUAGACAUCAAUGAUGCUGCCAACGAACCCAAGUCCGGUUCGCCAGGCCAAAAGAAGCAGCCGCGCAAAAAGACAACGAAUAAACCAAAUCCAGCACUUUUACAGCUGGAACGCCAGCGUAUGGAGGAGAUGAAAAAUUCCGAUGCCAAGCUGAAAAUGAAGGUUGUGGUUAAGUUAAAGCGAGCUGAGGACGAGUUUGAGGUGGCGCGAAAAUGGGUUGAGGAUUGCAGGAAACGGCAACAGAAGUUAGCCACCGAGAAAAAGGAUUCAAGUGUUGAAAAUGAUGACUCCGACAUCAAGAAUAAGGAAAAGAUUGGAGAAAUUUUAAAGGCAGCAAUAAAAGCAAAAAUAGGAGAAAAAGAAAAGAAAAUUGCGGAAGAAAAACUAGUUCAAGAAGAAAGUUUUAAAGAAAAAAUAACUAUACUAGCCUCAAAAGAAAUUGAAAAGAAAAAAGUAUCUGAAGUGGAAAAGGUAAAAUUAGCUGAAAAGAUCAAGGCAAAAAUAUCUGACAAGGAAAUGGAAUUAACAAAGGAAAACAAAGACGAAUCCAAAAAGGUCGCGGACACAGAUCAGGAAUCCGAAACCAAAGUAUCGGAAAAGAAAAAAGAUGAUUCAACAAAAAUUGAAGUUUUCGAAAAAGAAAAGUCUCAUCCGAAAGAAAUGGACCUCGAUUCCGAAAAGGUAUUAGAAAAAGAUCAGAAAAACGAAGCAGAUACUAUUUUAGAAAAAGAAAAGGCAACUAAAAAUGAUCCCACUGAUAAAACACUUACAAUUGCAGAAGAUGAUACGAAGGUUCUCAAAGAAAAAUGUUCUGAGGCAGCAACAAGUGAUGUAGAAGAGGUUUUAGAAAAAGAAAAAUCUGAAGACAAAGAAAAGGAGGUGGCCCAACCACUAGAAAAUAAAGGGAUGACAGAAGGGGAAAUGGAUACCCCUAUGGAUUCAGGGAAGGAUACUAUUAAAUGUACUGUAGACAAAGAGGGCGAGGUAGAAAAAACAACAGAGAGCGAACUUGUAGACCAAGACACAUCGGACAUACUGGAAAUCAUGGACACUACCAAUGAAAAUGACGAGCCUUCCGCCGCAGAACUCAUGGAAAGUAUGGACGUUACUGAACUUGACGAAGCUCCCAAAGAACUACUGGAUUGUGCUAUAGACGAGGUCAUUGCCAUGGAUGGCAUUGAACUAUCUGCGGCCACUGAAGAGCUGAUGAAAGCAUUGAUAAGCCCAAGCGGCUUAACUUCCGAAAACGCAAAUGAAGAUGAGACUGAAUUGGAUGCCAAUGAUCUAAUUGAAAAUCUGCCUCUUGAAACUACGGAGCCACCGGAAAUUCUGUUAAAAGAGGAUGAAAGCGAGAUAACAAGUAAAUCAGAGUCGCCGAUAAAGACUGAGGAAAGUGGGACACAUUCGGCUAGCUCAGCUGAGAAUGGUGACCCCGAUACCGAAUCUACCCAGGAGUCCAGUGAGUGUCCCAUCGAUUCCGCACUAGUUGAGCCCGCUACGGCGGAGAUUGUUGGCUAGUUUGUGGUGAUCAUUUGAGGUCCCGCCGACGAGGAAACUUAACAGAGGACCUCAAAAUGUUCAAUUUAGGAUUUAUACUAGAACUUUAAUGAAAGACUACCAACACUGCGGGUAAAAAACCAAACAACAUCAAAACACAACGAGUUUCAUGUAUAUACUUUUAACCGCUUCUUAUUUGAACUCUCUACGAAAUUAUCUUUAUAUGAUAUUUGUGUAUAUGCUAUUCUGUUUUAGGAAUGUCUUAUUUUGGAUAUACAUACACUUGUAAAAACUAAUUUCCUUGUGAAACUCAUAUUCCUUGGAAUAUAAAUCAAGCGCAAAGCUCAGCUAAGUUCUUAAUAAGCAGCUUCAGAAAAACUUCAUUUGUACAAAUACAAUGAUACAAAAAGAUCUAUUUGUUUCAAUUAUAAACCGUAAACCAUUUCGCAUAGAAUAAUUAGGUAUUGCAUUUUACAAUGCAUUGUUAUGUUUCCGAACCGCUUAAAAAGCCUCUAAACGCACGGAAUUUAUUGAGCAAUCUCUCAAUGUUUACUCAUAAUUGUGUAACCAGAAAUAUAUGAAGUACGACAGCCGAUUAAAAAUAAAUUAUUAAUUGAUAUUAAUAUAAACGUGUAACUUUAAGCUACUUUAUGUCAAAUAAAAGAUCUAAUAAAUUAGCAUAAAAUCUAA